AUGGGCUCAAAGGAAGCCUAUGUCCUGAAAUCGUUCAAGCCCCAGUUCUUCAAUGCAAAUUGGGACAUAGGUAUGUUUGUGAAAAUCCACUUGAAAGCUCGCGAACUUGCAGAUCAGUUCAACAUGGAAGUUCAGCUGAACCAUCCUAUCAUUUUCAAGCAACCAAUUCUUCAUUCAAUGAGAAGUGCAUUCCAAAAGAAUGGGAAGGAUGUAUUUGUGAAGGGAGAAAAAGUGGCCCUGGAACCGUUUAUAUAUGGUCGCUACGAGAAAUUCACCUCCAAUUCAGGAUACAUCCUUGACGGAUACACUGCUCCACUGCUUCACUCACUGCACAUAGCACAAGACGCGAGAACUGAUUAUCUGUGA